CGGGCCUAACUCAACUUUUUGCUCGUCAUUCGGGCAGCUAACAUUGUAUUCAAACGUUUCUUAAUCUGCAAACAUGGGUGACGAUGAAGAGAAGUAUGACGGCAUGUUGCUUGUUAUGGCGCAACAACACGAAGGAGGGAUACAAGAGUUGGUAAAUACGUUUUUCAGCUUCCUGCGCCGCAAAACGGAUUUCUUCACCGGCGGAGAAGCAGGUGCUGCAGAGAAGCUGGUGAAGGAAGCUCUCGCCCACCACAGUCAGCUGGCGCUCAAGUCCCACAAAGAGAAGCAGACCAAACAGGAGAAGGAAAAGAAAGAGAAGGCCGAGAGAGCUGCCAAGCUGGCGGAGGACAAUAAGAAAAAGAAGAAUGAAGAUGGCCCCAAAAUUCAGGAGCUGACCGACGAAGAGGCGGAGAAGCUUCAGUCCGAACUUGACAAGAAAGAAGAGGAGAAAAAGAAGAACGACACAUCGAAUGCAGAAAAGCCAUCGGACAAAGUAGACAAAGAGAAGGGGACUGACUCGGAAGGAGAAGAAGAUGAGAAGGACAAAGAUAAACUGAAGCCCAACGCAGAAAACGGAGCUGACCUGCCGAACUACAGGUGGACGCAGUCGCUGUCUGAGGUUGAUCUGUCCGUGCCUUUCGAUGUGAAGUUCCGCAUUAAGGGGAGAGACGUCGUGGUGGACAUCCAGCGACGCUCUAUCAAAGUCGGCCUGAAGGGACACCCCCCUGUCAUCGAAGGCGAGCUCUACAACGAGGUGAAGGUGGAAGAAAGCUCCUGGCUCAUUGACGAUGGCAAGAUGGUUACGGUCCACUUGGAAAAGAUUAAUAAAAUGGAGUGGUGGAGCAAGAUUGUCACCACAGAUCCAGAAAUCAACACCAAGAAAGUCUGUCCAGAAAACUCAAAGCUGUCAGACCUGGACGGAGAGACGCGCGGCAUGGUGGAGAAGAUGAUGUACGACCAGAGGCAGAAAUCGAUGGGGCUGCCUACGUCCGAAGAGCAGAAGAAGCAGGACAUUCUUAAAAAGUUCAUGUCCCAACACCCAGAGAUGGAUUUCUCUAAAGCCAAAUUCAGCUGAGACUCUGUGGAAUCCGCAUGGAGACUCGUGUGCAUCGUAUCGGAACCGAAAUAUCAGGAACCAUCUGCUCUUCUCUUCUCUCUGUGACUCGUGUGAAGUGAAUCACUGGGACCUUCGCUGAGGUCGACGAAUGAACGGCCCUCGUUCUACCUUCUGCAUGUUGUCUCAAUAUUUAAAGAUGUGUCUUUCUGUCUUUUUUUUUAAUAAAGGAAUUUAAGUGAUGUGAA